CCUCCCCGCGCGUAGGUGUGCGGCGCGCUCCUGGCGAGGACGGAGCGAGCAGAUCUCGCGUGCGCUCGCCGCCCGGCGCAGCCCAGCCCGGCCCCCGCCUGGCGCCGCGAGCCGAGGUGUCUCCCGCGCCCGCGCCCGUGUAGCCGCCGUGCCCGCGAGCGGGAGCCGGAGUCGCCGCCGCCCGAGCGCAGCCGAGCGCACGCCGAGCCCGUCCGCCGCCGCCAUGGCCACCACGGUGACCUGCACCCGCUUCACCGACGAGUACCAGCUCUACGAGGAUAUUGGCAAGGGGGCUUUCUCUGUGGUCCGACGCUGUGUCAAGCUCUGCACCGGCCAUGAGUAUGCAGCCAAGAUCAUCAACACCAAGAAGCUGUCAGCCAGAGAUCACCAGAAACUGGAGAGAGAGGCUCGGAUCUGCCGCCUUCUGAAGCAUUCCAACAUCGUGCGUCUCCACGACAGCAUCUCCGAGGAGGGCUUCCACUACCUGGUCUUCGAUCUGGUCACUGGUGGGGAGCUCUUUGAAGACAUUGUGGCGAGAGAGUACUACAGCGAGGCUGAUGCCAGUCACUGCAUCCAGCAGAUCCUGGAGGCUGUUCUCCAUUGUCACCAAAUGGGGGUCGUCCACAGAGACCUCAAGCCGGAGAACCUGCUCCUGGCCAGCAAGUGCAAAGGGGCUGCAGUGAAGCUGGCAGACUUCGGCCUGGCUAUCGAGGUGCAGGGGGACCAGCAGGCAUGGUUUGGGUUCGCUGGCACACCAGGCUACCUGUCCCCUGAGGUCCUUCGCAAAGAGGCGUAUGGCAAGCCCGUGGACAUCUGGGCAUGUGGGGUGAUCCUGUACAUCCUGCUCGUGGGCUACCCACCCUUCUGGGACGAGGACCAGCACAAGCUGUACCAGCAGAUCAAGGCUGGUGCCUAUGAUUUCCCGUCCCCCGAGUGGGACACCGUCACUCCUGAAGCCAAAAACCUCAUCAACCAGAUGCUGACCAUUAACCCUGCCAAGCGCAUCACAGCCCAUGAGGCCCUGAAGCACCCAUGGGUCUGCCAACGCUCCACGGUAGCAUCCAUGAUGCACAGACAGGAGACUGUGGAGUGUCUGAAAAAGUUCAAUGCCAGGAGAAAGCUCAAGGGAGCCAUCCUCACCACCAUGCUGGCCACACGGAAUUUCUCAGUGGGCAGACAGACCACCGCUCCGGCCACAAUGUCCACCGCGGCCUCCGGCACCACCAUGGGGCUGGUGGAACAAGCCAAGAGUUUACUCAACAAGAAAGCAGACGGAGUCAAGCCCCAGACGAAUAGCACCAAAAACAGUGCAGCCGCCACCAGCCCCAAAGGGACGCUUCCUCCUGCCGCCCUGGAGCCUCAAACCACCGUCAUCCAUAACCCAGUGGACGGGAUUAAGGAGUCUUCUGACAGUGCCAACACCACCAUAGAGGAUGAAGACGCUAAAGCCCGGAAGCAGGAGAUCAUUAAGACCACGGAGCAGCUCAUUGAGGCCGUCAACAACGGUGACUUUGAGGCCUACGCGAAAAUCUGUGACCCAGGGCUGACCUCGUUUGAGCCUGAAGCACUGGGCAACCUGGUUGAAGGGAUGGACUUCCACAGAUUCUACUUCGAGAACCUGCUGGCCAAGAACAGCAAGCCGAUCCACACAACCAUCCUGAACCCGCACGUGCACGUCAUCGGAGAGGACGCCGCCUGCAUUGCUUACAUCCGGCUCACGCAGUACAUUGACGGGCAGGGCCGGCCCCGCACCAGCCAGUCUGAGGAGACCCGUGUGUGGCACCGCCGCGACGGCAAGUGGCAGAACGUGCACUUCCACUGCUCGGGUGCGCCUGUGGCCCCGCUGCAGUGAAGCCAAGGGAGGGGCACAGAAUGGGGAACAGGACACAGGAUCCUAAACUCCAAGGGGACUGUCCACCGAUGAACACUCAGAGUGGACACCAUCUUCCGUCCACGCUGUGCCCAGGACAGCUGUCCCCAUCCAUGAACACAGGGUAAACAUCUGCCGGGCUCCGCACCAGUGGCUCCCGGGGCCAUGGGACAGCGGCAGGGCUCACCACGGACAGCGCGUGGCCCAGCGGCCAGCCACCCUGGCGUCCUGGGGCCUCCUCCCUUCCUCUCCCUCUCACCUUGUCACCUCCACGGAGCUGCCUGUCUGGGAUAAUUUGGGGAUUUUUUUUUCUGGGGGAUAAUUCUUUUGCAUGACCCCUAAAGAGCAAGCCACACUGCUCUGCUAGCUAGGUGUCCGCGGUGUGGUGGCGGCGGCCGCUGGCCAGCGCUGCAAGGGGUCGGCUGCCCACGGUGCUGGCUGGCCUCCCCUCCUCUCUCUUUUUGCUGAGUUUCAUUGUCUUUUCUUUCUGAGCCUUGUAAGUGUACAAAAAAUAUUCUUAUUUUGUUCUGUCUCGGGAAACUGCAAAUAAAAGAAAAACAGGACAA